CGGUGAGCAUGAAAUUGAGGCUGGCAGUUAUUGAUUUUUUUUUUCAGUUUCCCGCGCGAAGCACAUGCCCGUUAGAAGCCUCGAUCAACAUGGCGGACAAAGUAGACUCCAAAGAGCCAAAAUCUGAGGCCAAAGAUUUAGAGUCAAACAAUGCAGAACCUGAUUCGGAGAAAGACAAAAAGAACGGGCAAAAAGACGAAGAGGAGGAAUCCAGCGAAGGAGAAGAGCUCACAGGACUUUACGACAAGCCAGUUGUUAUUGAAGGAAAAAGAGCAAGAAAGUCCACAGAGUUUCUAGUAAAUCAAACCACUCCUGCGAUUAACAAAGAGGUUAAACCUCUAUUAUUUGAGGGCAAAGGAGAUUCAUUAGGGUUGAUUGAAAGAACAAAUUAUGAAAUAGGAAGAAGUUCUCCAGGCGAGCUAAAGCCUUUACACAAGCUUUUGUAUGGAAGAGAAGGGCGGGUAAUGGAAAUUAAAAAGAACAUUAGGAAAUUUAAUGGAUUUGCUUUUGAAAAGGAUUCUAAAGAAUAUGAAGCAAAAAAGCUUGGUGUGGAAAGAUUUACAAAUGAUGGUUUAAAAAGACUUUGUGAAAUCUUUGACUUGGAAAAGAAAGGAAAGCGGAGUGACCUCCUAGAAAAAGUUAUGGAUUUUCUUAUGUCACCGGAGUCAUCAGGGAGACCUGCCCCUCAACCUAAAGCAAAAAAGGCAGAGAAGAAGAAGAGACAAAGAACAAAAAAGAGUAAGUUUUAAUUAAUAUUUGAUGUUUGGAGGCCAAUAGCAAAUCAAGUUCUUGAACAGUGUGGAAUAAUUUAGCAUCAAUUCCCAUUUUGCAAUUUGUCAUGCUUAGAAUAUCUGAGCACUGAUGAAAUGAACACUGGGAACAAACAGAUCCUGAAAAUGAUGGAAAAUAUGAGAGUGCUACUAUUAGUUACCAAGUUUAUUUUAAGUUUGAUACCCCUCCCAUGUUGGGUUUUUUAGUUAAAACCUCCC